CGUAAGCAAGGCGUUAGCUUCUCUCCAAGAUGGCGGCGACCAUAGACAACAGCAACGCCGUCCAGGCGGCCAAGAGAAAGCACCUCGGGAUCCCCGAAGCUGUGUUUGUGGAGGAUGUCGACUCUUUCAUGAAGCAGCCGGGCAACGAGACGGCAGACGCAGCUCUGAGGAAGCUGGACGAGCAGUACCAGAAAUAUAAAUACAUGGAGCUCAACCUGUCCCAGAAGAAACUCAGGUUGAAAAGCCAGAUCCCACAAAUCACACAGACGCUAGAAAUCCUACGACACAUGCAGAAGAAGAAGGAGACCACGGCGCCCAUGGAGACGCACUUCAUGUUGGCCGACAAUGUUUACUGCAAGGCCUCGGUGCCGCCCACCGAAAAAGUCUGCCUAUGGCUGGGGGCGAAUGUGAUGUUAGAGUACGACAUCGACGAAGCCCAGGCGCUCCUAGAGAAGAACCUGUCCACUGCGUCUCGUAACCUGGAGACACUGGAGGACGAUCUGGACUUCCUGCGAGACCAGUUCACCACCACCGAAGUCAACAUGGCACGAGUCUACAACUGGGACGUGAAGAGACGGAGCAAAGACAACAUCCUCAAAUUAGCAGACAAGUCUUAAUAUCAACAUAACAGCAUACACCCCCUCCCCAAACCCCUCCUUUCUGCUACCCAUACUGUCCAUUAUACAAUAAAAAUAACAAAAAGAGUCAUGUGUACGUUUCACCCUCUGAGCUCGGCGGAUAAUAGGGUGUGUUAUAAAUGUGUGCUUGAUUUAACCCCUCCAGGUGAUUAAAUCAAACGCACCUUGUAACUCUUCUAUGAAGUCGAGCUUUCACCACUUUGUUUUUUCUGUUGAUUUGUCACUUUUUAAAAUAUUUUUUCAAGUAAAAACAAACACAGAAAAAACCAACAAGGCCAUUUUUUUGUAUUCUUUUAAUGAUUUAAGUUCCUGUUUGUCUUUGGCAGAUUCUUGAGUAAAGGUUCUCACUCAUCGCCUUUUUCUUUCCCUCCUUACUGACCUGCACCUGUUUUUCCUCGACCUGCAGCAGCGUUCACAUAUGUGGGACUUUAUUUCUUUCUUGAAUGUUAGUUCUUGAAGUUGCCGCCACACUCGGUUAGAGCCGGCGUGUAGGACGACAAAGAUGAGGACUGAAGAAUACAGAAUAAGAAUAGUUGUGCCUUGUGGCGGUAGUUUAGCUCCACAACCUCUCCUCCUCCUCCUCCUCCUCUUCCUCCUCCUUCCUCUCGCAGCUGUUCUGUCUGUAUUUAUUUGUCUCUCACUGUAUUCAUUAAACAAUGAAUGAAGUAAACGAAGAACAUUUUGGGCAAAGAGACGAGACCUUGACCUGUUUGUGUGUUUUAUUCUU